ACCCUCUUCUCCCACCAAUCUGGCCACUUGACCCCUCUAUCACAACAUGGGUGACAUUGAGCCUCAAGACAACAAUCCCUCGAUCACCUGGUCUGCGUCAUUCUCUGUUGUCCCGCCAGCGAGAAGCGCACCGAAAGACCUCCGUGGAGAUAAAAUCCUCCUCCCUCAAUCAGCUCUGGAACACCUUCUCGCAGCCUCCCGGUCGCCUUCUCAUCCGAACCAGACUUUCUCCUCGUCACGCGACCCUUUCAAUCCCUACGCCACCCACCAAUCUGGACCUUACCACGAGACCUCCCAACUUCCGAAUCCCUUAACCUUUCGCCUCGUUAAUCCGAUCAACGGAAAUGCCGUGCAUGCUGGAAUACGCGAGUUCUCUGCCGAAGAGGGGCAAGUCGCGCUGGGCCCAUACCUGAUGGAAGCCCUGGGCAUCGACAGCAGCAUGUUCGCGAGCGAGAGUGACAUCGACAGCGAUGCCCACGCGACGAGCGACCAAAGCAAAGCCUACCCGCGGAUCACGAUUCACGCAAAACAUCUUCCCAAAGGCACAUAUGUUCGGCUACGUCCCCUUGAAGCAGGCUACAAUCCCGACGACUGGAAGUCUCUCCUCGAGCGUCAGCUGCGCCAGAGCUUCACUACCCUGACAAAAGAUGCUGUUCUUGCCGUUCGCGGUGUCAAGGGAGAACAAUUCCAAUUUCUUAUCGAUAAAUUCUCGCCCGAAGGCGAUGGUAUAUGUGUUGUCGACACUGAUCUCGAGGUUGAUAUAGAAGCUCUGAACGAGGAGCAGGCUCGCGAAACUCUGCGUCAGAUAAUGGCUCAAGAAGAGACGGGAAGCGCCAACGGAAGCUCCAAAGGCGGCACGCUAGACAUGUGGAAGCCCAUCGAUGGUCAGGUUGUGCCCGGUCAAUAUGUCGAUUUCCAACUGCCAUCUUGGAACAGAUCUGCUCCCUUGAUAAUUGAGCUUUCCGGCAUGUCCAAUCCCGAUUCGCUUGACUUAUUUGUCAGUCCAAAAUCGUCUCGACAACGGGCUUUGCCACGCGAUUUAGAGCACGUAUUUGGCGAGAUAUCUGUCGCACGGAGUGGCAUGAAGACAAUUAUUCUCAACCCUACAAAUGUCGAGCUUGAAGACGCAGACCAACUGCUGAUCGCAGUACACGGAUAUCCAAAUUCGGUUUCGUCGGGUUCAGCCACUCUGUCCUUCACACUUCGUGCAAGGUCUGCUGCUGUUGUUUCCGACCCUCCAUCUACCACGUCGGGUGAUUCUAGCACAUCGCACUCAUUGGACGAUGAGCAAUGCCAGAAUUGUCGGCAGUGGGUGCCGAGCCGAACAAUACUGCUGCACCAAAACUUCUGUCGACGCAAUAACGUCAUCUGUCCGAGGUGCAAGUCGGUAUUCAAAAAGGGCUCCCCUGAAUGGGAAGCGCACUGGCACUGCGAAUUCGACGACGAAUUUGGCGAUACAGCUGCCAGCAAAGCCAAGCAUGACGCUCAGCGACACAGCGAGUGUCAGUGUUCUUCAUGUGGCAUGACUGUACCAUCCUUGGUCGAGCUGGCCCUUCACAGGACCAGUGUCUGCCCUGGCAAGCUGAUUCUCUGCAGGUUUUGUCACCUCGAAGUGCCGCAGGAAGGAGAUCCCUUGAGUCCAUCGGCUGAAGUCAUUCUAUCUGGUCUUUCUGCGCAUGAGGUCGCUGAUGGGGCACGCACCACCGAGUGCCACCUAUGCAACAAAAUUGUUCGAGCUGUUGGUGCAGGCACAACAAUGGGACAGGGGCCCAGCAAUGACAUUGGUCUUUGCUCGCUAUGUUUCGGACCACUAUAUGUCAGCAUGCACGAUCCAAGGGGAAAGGCGCUUCGCCGGCGCAUUGAACGACGUUACCUGUCACAAAUGAUGACGGGCUGCGGCAAGUCGUGGUGCGCCAACCAGUGGUGUAAGACCGGCCGCGCCAACGCGGCUUUGGAAGCCAAAGCUGCAAGUGCCCAGGCUGUCUUGCCGCUUGUGAAGCCACUGGUGGAGAAUGUCCCGCUGCUAGAUGAGCCCCUUUUCUUCUGUGUCGAUGAGCGAAACCAGACGAGCAGAAAGCUGGCAACGGUACUUGCCAGUGACAAUGUUUGGGAACAGGAAUGGUGCAUAGCAGCGUGCGAGGCGGCUGCUGGAGAUCUGGGUAAAGCACGGGAGUGGUUACAUGAUUGGGCACCUAUGAAAGGCGCGUGUACAUAA